UAUAUAUAAAUAUUAAAUUGAAUGAGUGCACCAAUAAAGAUUGUAAUGCUCGGAGAGGGUGAGAUAUAUUCAUUUUAUCUUUAGGAAGAGUAGGGAAGACUUGUCUGACUUUGAGAUAUUGUUAAGAUCAAUUUAAUGAAAAUUAAGAAUCAUCUGUCAAUGCCACUUAUUUUGAUAAAGUUGUAGACCUCGGAGGUGGCAAGGAUAUUAAAUUGGCAAUUUGGGUAUUUGAAUAAUAAAUUUCUAAAGGACACUGCCGGUCAAGAAAUAUUUCAUGCACUGACCACCGUAUAUUAUCGAGAUGCUUAUGGCGCUGUACUUGUUUAUGAUGUCACUUACAAAGAGUCAUUCCUGAAAGUAGACCAUUCAAAUCAACUUAUAGGUAGAAAAAUGGGUAGAGGAGUUAAGACAAUUUGGAACCAAAGAUAUUUCAAUAGUUGUUGCAGGAAACAAGUGCGAUAUGAAGAAUUAAAUGCAAAUUGAUAAAAAUGAAGUUGAAGAGUAUUGCAAAAAGAUUGGAGCAAAGCAUUUCUUUACGUCAGCCAAAGCAGGGGUAGGCAUUACUGAAUUGUUUAGAUCUUUAGGCGAAAGUAUACAUUUGAUUAACUUAGGCAUCUCAAUCAAAGUCUAGGCUUAAGAAAGCAAAGGCAAGAAAAAGAAAGGUCUCUAAAUCAAAGAUGUAAAAGACACUAAGAAAUCAAACUCAAAAAACGAUGGAUGUUGUUGAAUUAAAA